CCAUUUCACCUCGUCCUCCUAUCUAAGAAACCGUAACGUAGCCUCCACCUUUUCUUCUCCGAUCCAUUCACCUUUUCCGGCCUUCCCUUCGCUUCUACAGCGCCGUCAUCUGGCUUCCAUCCUUUCCUUCUCUUUUCUAGUACGCGAAAGACUUUAGAUAAGUUUCGUUUAUACAAACCUAACCUCCUAGCUGCUCCUCCCUUCCCUUCUCACCAGCGCUUCUACUCCGAUCCGACUGGCGAUCACCGCCCUCCAACAGCCAGUGGUCUCCUCUUUUGGCCUAUGAACGAGAUUCUGAGUACAUCGCAAGCCUCACUCUCCUCACGGAAAACUAAGAAAGCUUUGAGCAUUUUUGAAAGCAUUGGGGCAAGCAUUGUGUACUAUUUAAGAUGACUGAUAAACUUGAAGAUCCAGUUUCUCUAGAUGAGGAAAUUAGCUUGGAAGCUGAGGAGUCAAUAGCUUGGAAUCAAAAACAAAUCAUUGUCUUGUAUCUCUAAAGGAGAUAUGGUAUGGACAACAUCCAGAAGAGCAUUUUGGCAAACUAAAGGUGGUGGAACUCACCUGUUUUCCUAGGAAAUCGACUUUUCUUCCACCUCUUUUCUUCCAGUCUUUGCCCAGUCUUGAAAAGCUUGUUGUGAGGAAUUCUUUCAUCAAUGAAGUAUUCCAAUGUGAAGAAGUUGGUGUUGAGGAAAAACCUUGAGUAUGUGGACACACUCCAUUAUGCGAACUAAGGCCGUACAAACUCCAUGAGCUAACACAUCUUUAUAAGGAAGAAUCUCAAAUUUAAUCAAUUUUUAGUAACCUAAAAACUCUAGAUGUUCAAGAAUGUAGCAGAUGGAAGAAUUUAGUGCCAUCCAAUGUACAUUUCAACAAUUUGCAGACUUUGGAAGUAUCCAAGUGUCAUGGACUUGUCAAUUUAGUGAGAUACUCAACUGCAAAAGGCCUGGUGCAACGCAAAACAAUGCAAGUAACCAAAUGUGAGAUGAGAGAGGAAAUUGUGGUAUGCUUAGGUGAUGAUGUGAAGGAUGGAAUUAUUUUCGCCAAGCUGAAGUAUUUGCAACUUGAAGGUCUACCAAGACUAGCAAGCUUCUGUUCAGGGGUUUGCAACUUUGAAUUCCCAGAUUUGGAAGUUGUCAUUGUUAGAGACUGUCCAAAUAUGCAGAUUUUCUCCAAUGGAGAACUAAGCACACCAAAACGGGCCAAAUUGAAAGAAUAUUAUGGGGAUGAAGGACGCUGGGAGGGCAACCUUAACUGCACCAUACAACAGGUGUUCAAGGAAAAGUGUUACAAAAUGCCUAAGAUUUUGAAGAAAGCAAUAUUGGUCUUGUAAUUCUGAAAGAGAAUGGUGAUGUGGAUUCUGAGGUGAGAGUGCCUUCGGCUCCCAUCAUCUUCACUUAUCUGAGUUGUCUCAUGUACCUUUCAUACAGAGUUACAUACAUCUCUUACAUAGAGCUAUAUAUAUUGAUGAUGCUUUCUUAUUUCCUUGUAGGUUUUAAAGGUGCACUCAUAAUAAUUGUUUGGAUUCAUGCUACCAAGUUCCCACAUUGUUGAUUUGACACAUGAAAAAGUAAUUUUCAAUUCUAAAAUUGAUCUAUUUCAAUUUUUAAACUCGUGUAACAUGAAAUAUUAUCAAGCACUUAAUUUUGCAAGCC